UACAAUUUUGCACUUGUUUUACAUCUAAAAACACAAAUCGGCUUUUAAAUUUUCAUCAUUCAAACGAUAUCUAAACGAUUAUAAAGAAUAGUAUUUUGAUUUUUACGAACUGUUGCUUUGCGAAAAUAAAAUGUCUCGGGACCUGACCGUACUGGCACCAAAUGGUCGUAGAACCAAAGUACACUGUACUCCUGAUACUACAUUCUUGAAGGUUUUAGAGGAUGUUUGCGCUAAACAAGGAUAUGAGGCGUCCGAUUAUGAUUUAAAACAUCAUAAUCAUGUCCUGGACUUAACAACAACAGUAAGAUUCUGUAAUAUACCAAAUAGAGCUACUCUUGAAAUGGUGGAAGCAGAAAAGAAGAGAGUAGAAUCAAAUGUGACAAUAGGGUUAACUUUAGAAGAUGGUGAAAGAAGAACAGGGGACUUUUCACCAAAUACAUCUCUACAUGACAUAGUCAUAGCUUUAGCACCUGAGGUGCUUAAUAGCUUACAAAAUCCAAUGAUAACAUACAUGAGACAAGAAGUAAUUGGCCUGCCAGCAUUCAAGGAGAAGACUUUGAGACAGCUUGGUUUGUUAACUGGAAGAGCUAUAUUAAGAUUACUAGACAAAAUACAUACAGAACAGGCCAAUGUUUCAUCAGUGUACAGGAAGGUGCAAGAAAAAAUUCCAGAAACUGAAUGUAAUUCAAAAGAAAUCAAUAUUUCUUUACAAAAUAAUAUGGAUGAAGCAGGCCCAUCAGAAAUUAAGAAAGAAAUUGAUAACUCUAACCAUUUCGACCCCAUAAAAUUAUUGAAAAAAGAAGCAGAAAUAGUAAAAGAUACUAAAAAUGAUAUCAAACAAUAUGAAGAAAAGGAGGAAUUGAAUCCUAUCAACAAAGUAGAACCAGUAAAGGAACAAAUUAAAAUUGAUGAAAACAAAUGUGCUACAGCAUGCCUGCCUGUCAUGGAUCAGCAGAUUCUUGAACGACGUCUUUGUAUUGAAGAUGAAGUGUCUUUUGUGGGUCCACAAAAAGCGAUAGCAUUUAUGCAACCUGACCAAAAUGAAGAUGAACUGGCAGAUCUACCUGAUGAUUUUUAUGACUUGAGCAUUGACGAAGUGAAAAAAAUAUAUCAUGAAUUACAAAAAAAUCGUAUUGAAUUGGAAAAUAUUCCUUUACUUAUAUCGUCUAAACGUAACGAAAUCCAGUCACAGCAAGUAACUAAAAUAGCUAACACAUAUAAAAACACAGUAGUAAGAAUACAGUUUCCAGACAGGAUAAUUUUACAAGGAGUUUUUAGUCCCAGUAACACAAUAGAAGAUGUAUUCAAUUUUGUUAAAGAACAUUUACACAAUCCAAACCAAUCAUUUCAUAUAUUCUCAACUCCACUGAAAGAAACACUUGAUCCAAAGAUGACAUUGCUGGAAGCAAAAUUUGUUCCAUGCGUUCUUAUGCAUUUCAAAUGGGCAGACGAUACUUGUAAUCAACAAUACCUAAAGGAAGAAAUAUACUCACAGAAGACAUCUAGUGAUGCUGCUUGUAUUCUUGCUUCAAAAUACAGAGCUCCUAGUCGAAGAAAAUUAGAACAUGAAAAUCCAGCAUCUGGUGCAGGCUCAUCUAAGUCUAAGGAGAGUAAGGUGCCCAAGUGGUUUAAGAAGUAGGGUUAUCAUUUAUAAACCUCCUAUUUAAUUAUAUUAUCACCACAAUUUAUACUUAUAAUCCGGCUGUCCAAUGAGGAUAACAAUGUAUGAGUACUUUUAUUAAAAUAUUGCUAAACUUUAUUUAA